CGCAGGGCGACGUCCGUGACGUCGCGCCGAGGCUCGGUUAGUUUCCUCAACCAAACACUCAACUGUGAUACAUUGUGUAAUAAUAACUGAAAGUCAGCCGGGUGGAGAAAACGAGCUGUUUAUGUAGACGGACAAUCCUCGGACGCGGCGGUUCUCCCGGUUGCAGACAGCCCGAGCCCUCGCUGUCUCGGAACUUGGCUCAUUAUCGACAGAAAAAGGGGGAAAAUCCCACGAAAACCUGUCUUGUGUUGCUGUGUUAUCGUGGCGUGUCCAUCGGAAGGCGGGGAAUACAAAGCGACGUGGGCUACAAAAAAAACCAAAAAAACAAGAAAAAGACAAAUAUUUCCAUGAAAUUUCAUCCUCACUGAAGCAAAAACGGGAUUUCCACAAAGCACGGUGGUGUUGCUGUAUCUGUACAUGGAUUAUCUGUGUUUUCGGGCACUGUGCUGUAAAGGACCCCCUCCGCCGAGACCAGAAUAUGAUGUGGUGUGCAUUGGGCUAACAGGUGCUGGAAAGACCAGCUUGCUCUCGCGCCUUUGCAGUGAGGGCGGCGACAGCAUCGUUCCUACAACAGGUUUCAGCAUCAAAGCAGUGCCGUUUCCAAAUGCCAUCUUAAAUGUUAAAGAACUUGGAGGAGCCGACAGCAUCAAGAAGUACUGGAGUCGUUAUUACCAGGGGUCGCAAGGGGUAGUCUUCGUAUUGGAUAGCGCAUCGUCGGAUGAAGACCUUGAAGCAGCACGUAAUGAGCUCCACUCGGCCCUACAACACCCUCAGCUCUGCACACUACCUUUCCUCAUCCUUGCAAAUCACCAGGACAAACCAGCUGCAAGGACUCCAAAUCAGAUCAAGAAGUACUUUGAGCUGGAGCCGCUGGCCCGAGGGAAGCGCUGGAUCCUGGAGGGCAGCACCACCGACAACAUGGAGGCGGUGAAGGAGAGCUUCGCUCAGUUCAUCUGCCUGCUGGAGGACAAAGACACAGAGCCCGCGAGGAUAUGAUGCUGACACUGCCGCUGCUAACAGACACUAGCAGUUGACGACCCCCACAUCCUGCUGGUGCCCACGUACACACUCCCAUGCACAGACACACACACGCACACAUGAGCAAACACAACGGAUGUGGGCCACUCUGAGAUGUUUAUUGUAAGUUAUCAUCCCUUCACUGCGGUGUGUGUCGCAGACUGACGGAGGAGAGACACCAUUCAACAUUAAACCCACCCAGGUUUCAAGACAAAAAUUAAGAAAAAAAAAAGAAGUCUACUAACUUUGCCAACAAUGGAAAUAAUGUUUUCCACUGUUUGUGCCAUUGUGAUCAAAGGUAUUUAGGACGUACGGCAACCCUGUAGUCAUCAUUGAACACUAACACACUCAUUCACACACACAGACACACAUGCUUAGUGGAGUCCAAAUUGUCUAAAGAUAUGUUUAGCAACUCCACUAAUUGCUUUGCAGGAUGUUUGGCUGAGAAUGGUUGAUGUUCUUUCCACUGAGAAGUACCGUGUGGCUGUCAAGUGAACUUCUUCUGUUUUACUCAGUAACAAUGAAUGUGUUGUGUGUCUGGAGUGCAUAUUCCCAAGCCUUGUGUUUAUGUACGAUAGUUACAUACCGGUGUGCCGCACCGAGUCUGAGUAUCUAAUCUGAGUAGGUGUAGUCUGAGUAUCUCAUGGAGUAUUAUAAAGCUGCAGUGAGCAUAGUGCCGAGUAGCCUCCUGUGCAGCCACACACAAGUACGAGCUACUAACGGUGUGACUUAACUUUAUGAAGACGGGAGUCUUUUUGGACGAAGUGGGAACAAGGCUUUUUUUAACUGUGCAGCUUAGGUUAUAUUUUUUAGGUCUGUAUGUUAACCUCGUAGAGCAACGUUGAGAUUUUUUUAUAUGUCAUACUUACAUGUGUCCCAGCUUUUAAUUAUUUCGAAUCAAAAACCAAAAACACACACAAAAAAAAAUAUAUAUAAAAGAUUGACUUGGCUGGAUGUAGCCACAUAGUGGAGAAAUGUAAUGAAUUUAUUCCUUUUUCCGUGUUGAGCAAAUGUCACUUUUUUUUUUCCUUUUUCUUUUUUCUUUUUGGAAUUCAACAUAAUCUCUGAACACUGGCAAGUUUCUGCAGUUUCCCAUCAGGGUGGAAUACAAACUAUCAAUCAGCCUCAAGAACAGCUGCAUGUGACAAGCCCCUGUCCGACACCCUAAUGCCUUCCAACUGUCUGGACAGCCCUCCCCGUCUGCCGUGUAUCGGUCAGCCCUGCCCUCAUCCCCUCAUCCCCUCAUCCCCUCAUCCCCUCAUCCCUCGCUCCAGCCGACUCCGUGGCCGUAUCACAACUCAACGUGGGGUUUUUGCUCCACAAGACAUUUCAGCCCAAGUGCCGUCGCGUGGACUCCGCACCACCACAAAACAAUCAUAUUCAUUGUGCCACAGGUGUCUGCUUGUCCCCAACGUGUGUCUCAGUGACAAAGUAUAGUCAUUCUCAGCUGUUAUUUCUUUGUCAGUAUUUUCUCAAGUUUUUAGAGAUUUAAUCACUUUUUGUACCUGAUGUGAGAAGUGAGUGGAUCGGUGUAUUUUGGUGGCUUGAAUGCAAAAUAAAUCUUUUGACUGGGGUUUUUUGCCAGUGUUUUUAUGUCAUCUGUUCACAUAAACUACAAACGUUGCACUCUGUUUGUUUUGUUUUUUGUUGUUUUUUUUUUUUAAUUUAGUUUCACAUUUUUCUCCAA